AUGAGACAAAAGAAUACAAAGCACAUUCAAACUUCAUUAGAAUACUUGCUGAAGCUAGCGCAGAUACUUCCAAAUCACUUAGGAAGAAAAAAAGCCAAGGAUCUAAUGCAAAUUUGCAGGAAAUACCAGAUAAGAUUGGGGAAAGUCAAGCAAAUAAUUUGUAAAAAAUGUUACACAGUUCUUACGCCGAAAAUUAGCUCUGAGUCAAAGCUUGAAAAAAGAGAGUGUGGAUUUGGAAUGUCGGUGCAAUGCAAUAGCUGUUCAAGUAGCACCUUUACCGUCAAAAGAGGUGCUUAA